AAAACAACCGAAAAACACGGCCGUUUAGAUAUUUCCUCUUCCUUUUCCUCUUCUUUGACAUUUCCUAAAUAUUAUAAAUAUUUUCUCUAAUCUUCAUCUCCAAAUUUUGAAUAAUAAUAAAAAAAAUUAACUGUUAACAGAGAUUUCAAACAAAAUGAGCGAUCAGUUAGCCAAAGGAGAGGAUUUCGAGAAGCAAGCCGAGAAGAAGCUCAACGGCUUCCGGUUCUUCGGCUCCAAAUAUGAAGACGCCGCCGAUCUCUUCGAUAAAGCCGCCAAUUCCUUCAAGCUUGCCAAAGCUUGGGAUAGAGCUGGAGCAAUGUAUGUCAAGUUGUCAAGCUGUCAUUUGAAGUUGGAUAGUAAACAUGAAGCUGCCCAAGCUUAUGUUGAUGCUGGCCACUGUUACAAGAAAACAUCAACCAAUGAGGCAAUAUCUUGCUUAGCGCAGGCAGUAGAUCUGUUUUGCGACAUAGGAAGGAUCAGUAUGGCUGCUAGAUAUUACAAGGAAAUUGCCGAGUUGUACGAGUCAGAAGCAAAUAUUGAGAAAUCCAUCAUCUUUUAUGAAAAAGCAGCUGAUUUUUUCCAAGGCGAAGAUGUAACUACUUCUGCCAAUCAAUGCAAGCAGAAAGUAGCACAAUUUGCUGCUCAACUAGAACAAUACCCGAAGGCAAUUGAGAUUUACGAAGAGAUUGCCCGACACUCACUUGGCAAUAACUUGCUCAAGUACGGAGUCAAGGGCCAUCUUCUGAAUGCCGGCAUUUGCCAUCUAUGCAAAGGCGACGUUGUUUCCAUAACUAAUGCAUUAGAGAAAUAUCAGGACCUGGAUCCAACUUUUUCUGGAACCCGCGAGUAUAGACUAUUGGCGGAUGUUGCUGCUGCCAUUGAUGAGGAAGAUGUUGCCAAGUUCACUGAUGUUGUCAAGGAGUUUGACAGCAUGACCCCAUUGGAUUCAUGGAAAACAACCCUUCUAUUGAGGGUAAAGGAGAAGCUGAAGGCCAAGGAACAGGAAGAAGAUGACCUUACUUAAAUAUUAAGAUUGAUUAAUAUUCUACUCAUAUGGUUUUUAUCCAAAUAUUGCAUUGUAUUAUCUGUCUCUUCAUUUACACUGUUCCUUCGUUUUCUUUUUCUUGGUUUGGGUUUUCUGGUUAGAGAAUGCAAUUUGGACAUGAGCUUGUAAUGGGGUAUGUGGUGUUUUAUGGAGUGUGCGUGGGAGGUGUUCUCCUCUGUGCAAGAGUGCCUUUGUAGAUUGUUAUGGCUAAUGAAAGUUUAAAUAAACCACAGGUUUCCGUAA